UCGGUUCCGGGCGGUGUGCGAGCGCCAUGGCGGGCGGGCGGGGCAGUGCCGUCCUGCUGCUCCUGGCGCUGUGCCUGCAGCCGCCGUCCGCCCGGGCUCGCAGCCUCCACUUCGUGACAUUGGUGUACCGGCACGGAGACCGCUCGCCCAUCAAGGCCUUCCCGAGGGACCCGUACCAGGAGAGCGCUUGGCCCCAGGGAUUCGGGCAGCUCACGCAGGUGGGGAUGCGGCAGCAGUGGGAGCUGGGCCAGGCCCUGCGGCGGCGCUACCGCAACUUCCUCAGCGACACGUACCGGCGGCAGGAGAUCUUCAUCCGCAGCACGGACUGUGAUCGGACGCUGAUGAGUGCAGAGGCCAAUCUGGCCGGCCUCUAUCCCCCAGAAGGACAAGAGAUGUUCAACCCUAACAUCUCCUGGCAGCCUAUCCCUGUACACACAGUGCCUGAGUCUGAUGAAAGGCUACUGAAGUUCCCUUUGACACCUUGUCCACGGUAUGAACAGCUACAGACUGAAACACGGCACUCAGCGGAAUACAUAAAUAAGACCAAAGAGAAUUGGCAAUUCCUGCAGAUGGUGGCAAAGGAGACCGGGAUCCGGAAUAUCUCUCUCGAGAGUAUAUGGAGUGUGUAUGACACACUGUUCUGUGAACAAGCACACAAAAUGGAUUUGCCUGGAUGGGCGACUCCAGAUGUCAUGACUCACUUGAGGGAACUAAAAGACUUUGGUUUUGAAUUUCUAUUUGGGAUCCACAAUCGGGUAGAAAAAGCUCGUCUGCAAGGCGGGGUCCUGCUGGAUCACAUAAGGAAAAAUCUAACCAAAGCAGCAAAUGUUUCUGCCCAUCAGAACCUAAAACUACUUGUCUAUUCAGCGCAUGACACCACACUUGUGGCACUGCAGAUGGCUCUAGAUGUCUUCAACAAGAUCCAAGCACCAUACGCCUCAUGUCAUUUAUUUGAACUGUACCAAGAGGAUGAUGGUAACUUCUCUGUGGAGAUGUUUUACCGAAAUGAGAGUGGGAAGGAGCCCUUCCCACUGACAAUCCCUGGCUGUCAGCAUAAAUGCCCCUUGCAAAGAUUCUUGGAACUCACAGAGCCUGUUGUUCCCCAGGACUGGGAGCAAGAAUGCAAAGUGUCAAGCAGUAUUCACGACACAGAACUCUUUGUGGGUUUGGCUGUGUGUGGAUCCAUUCUCCUUCUCCUUAUUAUUCUCCUCUUGACUGUACUCUUUCGCAUACAGUCUCAGCCCCCUGGCUACCGGCACGUUUCCAAUGAAGGAGAAGAGCAGCCCUGACAGUUGCUUCAACUCCUUCCCAGGCAGUAGGAGGGAGCUCUGUUGCCCCUAAGGAUGAUUGGGUACCUUCAGUUACUCAGCAUUCUUUUUUGGCCUUUGCUUCCCAGAACAAAGCUGGACUUGAUUUCUGGAUGCUUUCUAAAGGUGACAUCCUUUAGAAAGGACUGAGAAAAAGAACUGAGCUACUCUACGGAAAUGACACCUUAUCCUUGAAGCCAAUAUACUGUGUGGUGCCCCAAUCCUCAUACAGCUUACCCAAUCUGGGCUUCCCAACAUGGCCAGUUUCAAGUUUUCCUCCUUUCAAGUGACUCUAACAUUACCACUCAUUCUGACUGUGGCAGAGAAGCUUGGGGCUCCAGCAGCUGCCACAUCCAGUUGCAUUUCUCUUCAGGGUCAACCCACUUUGAGUGCUUUUCCCUCACAUCAUAAGGCUGCUGCUGGUGGAAAUGCUGGGCUUGAGCUGAGGGCACAGCUCACCAACAAUGCACCAAGACUCAUCUACUGUCCAUGCAGAAGGAACUGCUGCAGAUAAUGGGAGACAUGUGAAGUGUUUCUUGUGGUUGCUGUCAAGUAAUUACUGCUGCCAACUGGGUUUUCUUCUCCUCUUCACAUUGUGGGUCAAGAGAGAACUGUAUUGAAAUCAGGACAAGACUGAAAACCUAGCAUUUUUAAUCACUUCUAGGAUUUGGCUCAGAGUAGAAUCCGAGCAGAACCCAAAGAAGCUCUAAGAGCUUCAUGAGAGAGCAAUUCCUGAAGGAUCAGAGCUGGCAGGUGACUGUGGAUUCCUUUAUUUGUCACACUUGGGCAUUUUGUCUGAAGUGUGAUUCUAUCUCCACCCUGGCCUCUCUGCGCACUGCAGCUGCUGCAGAGACCUUCACACCAAGUGCUCACCACCUGCCUUGUAGUUUUUGGCAGAAAAUGAGAGAGUGCAGCAGGCACCAGAAGCACAGGCUCUUCACAUGGUGAUACUGCACAUUCACUUCCUACUUUUACUUCCCUUUCUGGUGCAGUUCCCUUCCCCUCUUGGAUGCAGAAGCCAGUUCUUAGGUUACAAACAUUUCCUUUUGUUCCCCCUAAGGAGUACCGUGGGGACUUUUCUCCACACCGUAAUCAUCAUCUGGCAGCAUGGGAACCCUAAAUCAGCAGAAGCAGCUUGCUGUUCUCAGCAUCUUCCUCACCUUUAUGUCCUCUGAAGAUACAAACUAGGUCUCCUGCACAGCAAGACAGUCAUAAAAAAAAAUGCUUCUGCCUGUGAGAACAGGCACAAGAAAGAGGUGAUAGAAAGUGCAUUUAAGAGGAUCAGACCUUUUUUUUAAAAAAAAAAAUUUGCACACACAGAGAAAAGGUUUCUAUGAUGAUUUAGACAUUUUGACUGUGAAUGAUUUUCUGUACUUGUUCCAAUACAUUUCAUUAUUAAAAUCAAUUUCACACUGAA